GAUGUUCCUUAUCAACGAGUUAAUCUUUUAAUUGAAACUCAAGAUUUAAUUUUCAAUCAGAAAAUUCUUUUUUCCUUAUCCCUUUCCAAGCAUUUACCUAAUGAACCAGCAAUGUUUAAGAAGCCACUUGCGAGCAUCAAACCUUAUUCUCCUUUACGGAGUUCGGAUCGUCGAAAAUUCCGAGAGGAAUUGAUUAAGCGUUACCCAACACUCGACAUCGAAGAGAAGUUAUCCGAUGAAGAUCAUAAUGUUUUGGUCUCAGAGCACACAGAGAAAGCUAAUAUAAAGACUCAUAAUGGUUACGCCGGAGUGCUUUAUGUCGAUGAAUCCAAGCAUCCAUUAUGGGUCAGGUUGGACAUAGACAAGAAUGAAUUAUUGGUUCCUAGUGUCUACACAUUGUGGCGCAAUCCCAAUAUCCUUCCAAAAAUACCCACAUUUUCGGCAGUGAUCUCAAAGUUGGAAGGCGGUGCAAAUUUUAUGAUUCCGGGUAUUGCUUUUCCACCGGAAGGUUUACCAGAUGUUAAAGAAGGAGAGCUUGUUUCCAUUGUCGUCAGAGGCUACAACAUUCCUUUAGCUGUGGGUAUUAUGAGUGUACCUACCAAUUCUCUUGAGCGAGGUUCGACGCGUAAAGGAAUUGCCGUUAAUAUAAUCCACAUUUACAAAGAUCAUUUGUGGAACAUGGGUGACAAAUCUUCUCCACCUGAAAUGGAAGAUGUUAAAACGGGUUCCGUUGGCGAAGAACAAGAACAGGAACAAAAAUCUCCUACUCAAGUAGAUUCAGAAGCCAUUACUUCUUAUGAAGAGGAAGAAGAAAAGAUUACCGAGCAAACUGUUAAAUAUACUCCAGCAGAGGUCGAUGAUUUUUUGCAAGCGUCUCUUUAUCAAGCCCUCACGGAAAAAUUAACACAAUCGAUGUUGCCUAUUACAAGUUCGCAACUUUAUUCUGAAUAUAUCCUUCCAUCGCGACCUAUUGGAACUGAAAAAGAUGUUGACAUUAAAAAAUCGAGUUACAAACAGGUCACCAAGUUUUUAAAGGCUAUGGAAAAAAAAGGUGUUAUAAAAUUGAAAAGCCAGCGAGGAGAGAUAUUUUUGGUAAAAAUAAACUUGGACAACGAUGAGCUAAAAGUUUUUCGAUCCCAUAAGACCGUCGAGAAAGUCUCAAAAUCGCAUGCUUCAGAUGAAGACGGAACAUCGAGCUCGAGUAACAAUGCAGUGGAUAAAAUUCAGAUUGCGGAAGUUUACAAGCCGAAUGGUGCUGUCGCCGAGCUUUUCGAAACUCAAGGAAAAAGUAAAGAAAAUGCUUACGGAUUUCGAGAAAUACGCGAAACGGUCACGGAUUAUUUUAAUUCUCACGAUCUCGUAGAUAAACGCAAUCGAAGAUAUAUUACUCUCGAUGAGAAUCUACGUGAAAUCCUUGCGGGCAAAAAAUCCGAAGAGCCCAUACCUGACCAAAUGACACGAGAUGAUUUAUUCCAACAUGUCAGAGAACGCAUGGAGUCAUGCCAUUUAUUUACUUUUCCAGGAAAUGAACCUGAAUUGAGGAAAGGAUUACCAAAGCAUUUACAAAUUUUGGAAGCGACUCGCUCAGGUAACAAGAUAGUUACGAUUGUCCGAGGUUUAGAAGAUUACAGAAUUGAUCCCAAUGAUUUGGUGGAACCUUUUAAAAAAUUAUGUGCGAGUAGCGUAGCUGUUAAUCCAACGUCGCAAUCAUCCCCAAAGAAACCCUUGUAUGAAAUUAUGGUCCAAGGACCUCAGACUACGCUCGUUAAAGAUUACUUAGUUAACACAAAGGGCGUUCCCGAAAAGUACAUUGCAAUAACAUCGGCAAAAAAAGCGAAACAAUGUUCUGGAAAUACUUGUGCAAAUUUUACGUUCCAGGUCUAA